AUGUCAUCAAGUGUUGGUCCACGUAUUGUGCCAAUACAGUUAUUGAAAUGCCUUAAGGUGUUAUUAGAUGAUAAUGGCGGCAUUUUGAGCGCCGGAGAAGUCAAAAGAUUAGCUAGUUUAAUGACCAAAUAUUCCAAAAAAUUGGUCUCCAAAUGCAUUUAUGUGCAAAUCUUAAAAUGUACCAAAACCGAAUUACUGGGCGAAUUUAUGGGUGCCGGUGGCUGGUCAUUGGUCUAUACCUGGUUAAAUGAUGCCAUUCGUGCCAUGAAUUGGCCAUUGGUCCAAGAGAUAUUGGAAUUGCUGUUAUUGUGCCCGGUUGAUGUCAAUCGUCUUAAGAUUAAUUCUGCUCCCAAACUUGUUAAGGGUCUGUGCAAGGAUGGCGGUAAUGAAGGCGUGAGAAUACUAGCUAAACGUCUUGUUGAACAGUGGCUAAAAGUUGUCACCGAAAAUCCGGAUGCCACAUUACCCAACACAACAACAACAACACCUGUCGCAGCCGCAGCAUCAUCAGCAGUAACAAGCACCACAACACCUACCGUUAACAACAUGACACCACAAGCAACAGCAGCAGUAAUUAAAUCACCACCUGUUGCAGUUGUUGCACCCAUGGUAACUCCUGUUAACAUAACCGCCCAACAAACAACGACGACAGCAUCUCCGGGAAAUAAUCAUCAAAUCACAGCAACAAAACAAAAUGCUGGCAAAAAUACAAAGGCUAGAAUAAUUGCCAAACAGGAAGUUGCAGAUGAAGAUGAGGAGGAAGAACAGCAAGAAGAGGUCGAGGAAGACGACGACGAAGAAGAAGAGGAGGAGGCACAUAAUGAAGAUGCCGAUGAUGACGACGAAGAAUGUCACGACGAUGACGAUGAUGAUGAAGAAAAAGAUCCUUUAGGUGAUGUUGCCGCCGAACCUAUUUCCACAGCAUCAUACAGUCUAACACCGGCACAGAAAAAAGCCAGUGAAUCUGGUCUAGUUUAUAAGAUUGUUGUUAAAAAUGGUAAUCAAUUUUUAGCUAAAGUUCCCAAAAAUACAUCAGACUCGGCAGCGGCUGCUGCUUCUCCAAAGUCUGCGAAGAGUGAACGUGAAUCAAGUGACAAGGAUGAAACGGCAGCAGAUGAAGACGAAGAGGAUGAGGAAGAUGAAGUUGUAGAAGAAAAUGAAGCAGAAGAUGAAGAGGAUGAAGAAUCUAUGGAAGAUACCACAGAUGCUGCCACUACCGUUGUGAAAAAGAGUAAAACCAAUGACAUUGAGGAAACCGAUGACAAUAGCUCUUCUUUGGAUAAACCGGAAAAGGAAAAUGACAGCAACAGUGGCAAUGAAGAUGAUGCGAAAGUUAAAAGUAAAUCGGCAGAUGUAAAGAAAUCUGAGGAUAAAAAAUCUGAAGACUCUUCAGACAAGUCGAAGGAUGUUAAAAGUUCCAAAGACAAGGAUAGACGUAGUAGCAGUAGCAAUGACAGGGAGAAGGAGAAAGAUGGUAGCAAAUCAUCAAAGAGCUCCUCCUCCUCGGGACAUAGGUCAUCGUCAUCUUCCAGCCAUAAAUCAUCAUCUUCCUCAUCGAAAAGUAGCAGCUCAUCAUCGAGUAAAUCCAAAUCCUCAUCGUCCUCGUCAUCAUCAUCGCAUCGCAGUUCAAGUGAUAAGCAUAAAAGUGAUAAGGAUCGCUCCAGUUCCAGCAAAGACAAAGAACGUAGCAGUUCUAGUUCCAGUUCUAGCAAACACAGAUCAUCAUCGUCUUCAUCAAAAUCUAGUUCAUCUUCCAGUUCCAAGGAUAAGUACCGUGACAAGGACAAGUCAUCAUCAUCCUCGUCAUCAUCAAAGAAGGACCGUGAUUACGAUAAAGAGAAAAACAAUUCCUCAUCAUCAUCCUCUUCCUCGUCAUCAUCUGGCGAUAAAUUAGCCAAACUAAGUAAAAAAUCAAAAGAUGAAAACUCAUCAUCCUCGGCUAACAGCAGCAACAAUGAUGAUGCCAACAAACCCACAUCCAUUACAAUUCCCUCCAAAAAGGCUUCAAUGUCCAUUGAAAUCCGCAAGGAUGCUGAAAAGUCCAAAACCGUAAAAACCUACAAAUCCCAAUUCCGUUCCCAUGGCCUAACCGAAGAAGCACCACCACCACCUUCACGCAAAGGUCUUAAGAAACCAUCGUCCUCCAGUACGGCGGUUACACCUGUUUUAGGCACUUCCAUUUUACCCACAUCUUUACCCUCCUCACUGAAGAGGUCAUCACCGCCACCACGGGAUUCACCCACAGAGAAGAAACCCAAAAUAGAUAUGACCACAGUAGCCAAUGCUAAUGAAAAGCCUGGAGCUAUUAAACUUAUAGCCCCUAAGAAGAUACAAACACUUGUUGAAACAAAUCUCUUCUCAGAUGCUCUAUCGGCAGCGACAGGACCCAAAAAGGUAGCUAAACGCAAACGUGCCAAUACACCGCUACCAACAAACACUUCGGCUACAGGCGCCAAAGAAGGUCCCUCCCCACCAACUAGUCCCGAUAUGCCUAAGGUAGCACCACUGAAAUUCUAUCAAGAUACCUUAGAUGAAUCCAAAAUCGAAGAUUCCAAAUCGGACAAAGAGAAUGAAGAUCAUGAACCUACUAAGAAAACAACUGACGAUGAUCAAAAUACCGACAAGGAAAAUGAAGAUGAUGACGAUGACAUUCCAUUGAAGAAAGUCAAGGAAGACAUAGAACAAAAAGUAGCACAGGAGAAGAAAAAAGAUUUGGCGGAGGGCGGAGUUAUUGAUAUUACCAAAGAUGAGGAUGGUAAGCCGAAAGAAGAUACGGCAAAUGAUGAUGCAUCUUCGGAUAAUGCCAGCGAUGUUGUGGUAGUUAAAAAACCUGGUCCAGGUUGUGGUCCCAAUGGACCACCUGGUGUCCUUAUGCUACAUCGUCGUAAGGGUCCCAAGAAGAAGCUGACCUGGCGUCCCCAGGAAUCAUUGGAACAGAUUCGUUUCUUCGAACUUGAUGAAAACGAACGUGUCAAUGUCACCAAGACCUCGUUUAUGGAUAUGAAAAAUUUGGAGCGUUUCAAUGAACGUGAUGCCAUUGUAAUGGCUCGCCGCGGCUUCAAUCAGGAAGACAACAUGGAACCCCAAACCACUUGGAGGCCAUUGAUUUUAGUCGAUGAUGUACCACCACAUCCAGAUGGCAGCCAAUCGAAACAGAGGAAAAUCCAAGCUGAACGUGAAAUGACUACAUUGCGGGCAUUGUACUUUACGCAUGCUCUCAUUCCCGACUCGCCAGCCGAAGCGGAAAUUGAACCCAUAUUCAAUCAUGACAUACCACUUAUACCAUUGGACGAUUUGACCGGUAAUCCCGAUGCUGUUAAUGACUUUACAAGCAUGCCAUGGCCAGAGCCAAGGGGUUCACCAAAAGAUGGAGAUAUUGCUAUUAUGGCUGGUACUGGAGGUUUGGGUAGUCCUGUUGAUAUGUUUGGAGGCCCCAAAUCGCUGAUGGGUAGUGCCUUACCGCCCAAUAACGCCGUUGGCCUGGGAGCAUAUGUUGCUGCGCCAAACAAAGUUAGUCCUUUCAAUAACAAUGUUAAUCCAUUUGGUGGUAAUUCUGGAGGAGGACCAGUGGUUGGUCCCAAUGGCCCACCAAUGAAUGCCAUGCAAAAUAGUCCCCAAGGUCAUUGGCAAAGAUCACCCAAUGGCAUGGGUGGUGGUGGCAAUGGACCUAUGAUGGGUAGUGGUGGUGGUCCCAAUCCCUUCAACAACAAUCAUGGUAGUCCAAUUAUGGAUAUGGGUGGACCACAGCGUGGUCACAUGAUGAAUAAUGGUCCCUCUGGCAAUUUCAAUAAUCAAUUUGGUCCUGGUAAUAACAACAACAAUCCAUUUGGCGGUCCUGGUCCCAUGAAUCCAUUUACGGGUCCUGCCAAUAACUUUGGUGUAAUGGGCAACAAUGGUCCCAACAUGAUGAACGGUCCCAAUAUGAUGAAUGGUCCCAAUAUGAUGAAUGGUCCGAAUAUGAUGAAUGGUCCUAAUAUGAUGAAUGGACCCAAUAUGAUGAACGGUCCCAAUAUGAUGAUGAACGGACCCAACAACAUGAUGAAUGGUCCCAACAACAUGAUGAACGGUCCCAAUAUGAUGAAUGGCCCCAAUAAUCGCAAUAAUGGUGGUGGAAAUUGGAUAAAUAACUUCCAAGAUAACAAUGGCCGCGGCGGCGGUGGCAAUUGGAGACCAGCUGGCCCUGGUCCAAAUAAUCGUGGAAAUGGUGGCGGAAAUGGCAAUAACAACAACGGUAUCUGUAAGGCUUUUAUGCGUGGUCAUUGCCGCCUAGGCAAGUCAUGUAAGUUUAUACAUCCAUCCAAGAGUAAACGCAUAUAGGAGUGGGCUGACUCUUCUUCGCCCAAAGAA